AUGAAAGAUUUAGUAGUUAUUACAGGAUGUUCCUCUGGGAUUGGACAUGCGAUUGCAAUUGAAUUUGCUAAAAAAGGUUAUCAAGUUAUUGCUGGUGCAAGAAGGUUGGAUGCGAUGAAAGACUUGACCUCCUAUGAGAUUGAAAUAGUCAAAUUGGAUGUUACCAGCAUUGAUGAUGUUCUUUCGUUGAAGAAAUUGAUUGAGACUAAAUACGACGGGAAGAUAAAGUAUUUAUACAACAAUGCAGGUCAACCAUGUCAGCUCCCUGCAGCUGAAGUUGGAGACGAGGAUGUUGCAAAAUGCUUUGAAGUCAAUGUUUAUGGAUGUAUAAGGGUUACCAGAGAGUUGAUGGAUUUUGUUAUCAAGACCAAAGGUACAAUAGGAUACACCGGAAGUGUUGCGGCACUUGCUCCUAUUCCAUUUCUUUCAGUUUAUUCUGCUAGUAAAGCCGCUAUUCACGCAUACGCCGAUACUUUAGCUUUUGAAUUAGAACCUUUUGGUGUCAAGGUUAUCAAUGUUGUUACUGGAGGGGUCAAGACUGGAAUUUCAGAUGAUAGACCACUCGCUCCAAAUACCAGAUAUCAAGGCGAAGGAUUCAAAGAAAUAUUGGACAAGAGAGAGGAAAUGAAAAAUACCGAUUCAAUGUCACCAAAAGACUAUGGAUUGAGUGUAAUUCGUGACUUCGAAAACUCAAAAUUGGGUACCGUUCAUUACUAUAGAGGCACAAGUGCUGGAGCAGUUAAGUUUGUUGCACGUCUUCCCAGGUUUUUAUUGAAAAAGAUUUUACAUGGAUUGUUCGGUACUGGUAAAUUAUGGAGCACUCUCGAGAACAUGUACUCCGAGGCUUGA